CAAGCAGCCAUGUAGAGCUGUUAGUUCCUAGCUGUCUUCUAUGUGGGCAAGAGGCUGGAGCCAUUUUCUCCAGCGGUCCUUCCCAGACAGACCUGAAAUAUUCCAGAAUCCAGAAUCCCAAAACUGAAUGGGGUGGUGAGGGUGGGUAGCGGGUUAGUAGUGGUGGUGGUGAUGGUGGUUAAUGAAGUAAAGGAGGAGAAGACGGAGCCUGACAGUUCUUGCAGCUAGCAAGUGUCCGAGGAAGUUUGAUGCAUUGACAGAGGGCAAGGGAGGCAGAUCCACACCGCUUCUCUGUUGUCCAGAAGGUGUUGGAUGAUGGCCCACUGUACUAAGCUUUGGAGCCUUUCAGUUCUUACACUAAAAGGGGCGGGGACUUUCCAGUGUCUCUGUCCAAGUGCUUUCAAUUCUGGAUGUUCUCCGGUACUGAUGCUGCAAGUCCCGGCCUCGAUUUCCCCCAUAUAUGAAAUUAACCUUUAUGCACUUUGGUCCCUGACCUCUUUCUGAGUAACUCAGAUCAACUCGAGCGGUGUGUGUGUGUGUGUGUGUGUGUGUGUGUGUGUGUUGGGGGGGGGGCAGGAAGACUAGUCUAAGAUUCGUGUGAGUCAAGGGGCCCAGUUCGACAGUUAAGACAGCACCCAUCUCCAGAUGCCACCACUUCCUACGGCCCGGCAUGCCUGGUGCCAACUGACACUGCCCCCAAUAUUUAGGGUGGGAAAUGUCCCAUUUCUAAACAGGUGUGGCCUAGGGGCUUUUCUCUUUCCUCUCGCUCUUGGCGACAAAAGGCGGGACAGGAAAGGCUCACUUGGACUGGCAAGUAACACUACGGGUGGAGGGCUGGGCGGGACCCGGGCGACUGCUCAACCCAGACGAGGACCAGGGCCCCCUUGCCCUCGGCGGCGCCCGAGGCCCGAACAAUAGCGCUUGAGGGCGGGGCGGGGGAGGGCGUGGCUGGAGGGCGUAGCUCCCCUCCGGGCGCCGCCCCCGGCCCGCCCCCCGCGCUUGCACACCGGCUCGCAGAGGGCUCCCACCGCCGCCCGCCCAGGCACUGCCCGCGGGAGCCGCCGCCGCCGCCGCCGCGCCCGCCAUGGACGUCCGCCUGUAUCCCUCGGCGCCCGCGGUCGGUGCGCGGCCCGGGGCCGAGACGGCCGGCCUGGCGCACCUGGACUACUACCACUGCGGCAAGGUAGGCGGCAAGUUUGAUGGUGACAGUGCCUACGUGGGGAUGAGUGACGGAAAUCCAGAGCUCCUGCCAACCAGCCAGACCUACAGCAGCCAGAGCGAGAGCAAUGAAGACUAUGAGAUUCCUCCUAUAACGCCUCCCAACCUCCCUGAGCCAUCCCUCCUGCACCUGGGGGACCACGAAGCCGGCUACCACUCGCUGUGCCACGGCCUUGCGCCCAACGGGCUGCUCCCUGCCUACUCGUACCAAGCUAUGGACCUCCCAGCCAUCAUGGUGUCCAACAUGCUGGCCCAGGAUAGCCACCUGCUGUCUGGACAGCUGCCCACGAUCCAGGAGAUGGUCCACUCGGAGGUAGCUGCCUAUGACUCCGGCAGGCCAGGGCCUCUUCUGGGCCGUCCAGCAAUGCUGGCCAGCCACAUGAGUGCCCUGAGCCAGUCCCAGCUCAUCUCCCAGAUGGGCAUCCGGAGUGGCAUUGCCCACAGCUCCCCAUCACCCCCAGGGAGCAAGUCAGCGACCCCCUCUCCAUCCAGUUCCACACAGGAGGAGGAGUCAGAUGCCCAUUUCAAGGUCUCGGGAGAGAAGAGACCCUCAGCAGACCCAGGCAAAAAGGCCAAGAACCCAAAGAAGAAGAAGAAGAAGGACCCCAAUGAGCCACAAAAGCCAGUGUCAGCCUACGCUCUCUUCUUCAGAGACACUCAGGCCGCCAUCAAGGGGCAGAAUCCCAGUGCCACCUUUGGGGAUGUGUCCAAAAUAGUGGCUUCCAUGUGGGACAGCCUGGGAGAAGAGCAGAAACAGGCAUAUAAGAGGAAGACCGAAGCUGCCAAGAAGGAGUACCUGAAAGCCUUGGCGGCCUACCGAGCUAGCCUCGUCUCCAAGAGCCCUCCGGACCAAGGCGAGGCCAAGACUGCCCAGGCAAAUCCACCAGCCAAAAUGCUCCCACCCAAGCAGCCCAUGUACGCCAUGCCUGGCUUGGCUUCCUUCCUGACGCCCUCGGACCUGCAGGCCUUCCGCACUGGAGCCUCUCCCGCCAACCUGGCCAGGACGCUGGGCUCCAAGGCCCUGCUGCCAGGCCUCAGCACAUCCCCACCACCCUCCUUUCCUCUCAGCCCCUCAUUGCACCAGCAGCUGCCACUGCCCCCCCACGCGCAGGGCGCUCUCCUCAGCCCGCCUCUCAGCAUGUCCCCUGCCCCUCAGCCUCCUGUCCUGCCUGCCUCCAUGGCACUCCAGGUGCAGCUGGCAAUGAGCCCCUCGCCUCCAGGGCCACAGGAUUUCCCACACAUCUCUGAGUUCCCCAGUGGUUCUGGCUCCCGCUCACCUGGCCCAUCCAACCCUUCUAGCAGCGCGGACUGGGAUGGGAGUUACUCCAGCGGGGAGCGCGGCCUCGGCACCUGCAGCCUGCUCCCCAGAGAUAAAUCGCUCUACCUCACCUAAUCCCGCCUCCCCUCCCUCCCUGAGGCUCUCCGGAGGGCACUGCUCCGAGCCGGAAGGGCUGACCGCAGGAGAGAGGCCAUGGCAGCAGGCAGGGUGACCGGCCAGCAGUGAUACACCUAUGCCCCAGGGCUGAGUCUCUCCCUCGACCUCCCACCAGACUCUGCAGAGGCAGCCCACCGCCCACCACCAGCCCAAAGAACCUGCAGGAACCUUCUGCCCGCUGACCUGCUUGCUCCAGGGUAGCUGUGGACCCCACUCCUUGGCCUGCACACAGUCCCCUGCGUCUGGACUUCUGGCCCCAGCCCAAGCUCACCGGGCUGCCCCCCCUCGAGGUUGCUUUGCAACAGACACCCACCCCAGAUGCUGGGCCAGCUACACGUGUGCUCUCGGUGUACACAAAAGAUGCUGAAACCCACGCGUUGUGGGUUCCGUGUAAGUAGUUCACUGUUUUAGAACCGUGCUGAAGACAUCUGUAAGAUUAUUUUGUGGGGAGAAAGAAAGUAAAAAAAAAAUUUUAUAAGACCUUUAGCACAGUUUUUUUUUUUUUUUUGAAGUUUUAUCUUAAGGGAGACAUGUGCGCAAACAGCUGUCAAACUGAUUCUUAUCUGCACACAGAGAGAAUGGGCGCUUUUAAGCCACAUCCAGGGCCGCCGCCUUCUUUUUAUUCCUCCUCCUCCUCCUCCUCGUUCUCCUCCUUCUCUUCCUCUUUCUCUUCUUCGUUCUCCUCCUCUUCUUCCUCCUUUUCAUGUUCUUCUUUUUCCUCCUCUUCCUCCUCCUUUCUUCUUUUUCUUUUCUUUCUUUCUUUUUUUUUUUUUUUGAUCAUAUAUCCACCUAUUUAAAAUUGCCAGCAACGAUUUUGGCCAUCUAUUUAUGAAGAAAAGUUGAGAACAACAUUGUGGUGUCUCCCAAGUGUGUGUGGUUUGGGGUUUGGGUUUGGUUUAGGCUUUGGUUCGUGUUGUUCGCAGCUGUCUCCCGGCCCUUGCAUUGUCCGUCCUGGUGCCCCCGUGCUUUGCUCAGACCUCUUUGUAAUAAAACUUCUGAAAAGUGGCAAGCAA